AUGGGCACGCUGCCGGUCUACGCCUACUCGCUGGCGGACGCACUCAGCGCCAUCAACUACCACCCCCCCAACGAGGCUGCAAGGCUCUUCAAGGAGCGCUUCCCGCCUAGCCCAACCCAUCCCCGCGCAUUUGGCAGGGCCUCAGUGGAUGCGCGGCGCCCACCACUAGCGGGUGAGACCCCACCUCGCCAACAGGCCGCUAUCGAGGACGCCGCCGCUGAGUUUGUAUGCCCGAUUACGUUGGAGCUGCCGAUUGAGCCGGUGACGGCAGAAGAUGGCGCAAUAUACGAGCGCGACGCCAUCGAGAAAUAUUUUCUAAUGCGCACCUCACAGGGCCUCGCACUGCGGUCGCCGCUUACUAACAAGCCGAUGGGUCAAGGCUUGCUUCCAGCGAUCCAAGUGCGCAAUGCCGUCGAGCGCCUGGUGCGCAGCGGGGCGGUGGGGGGGGAGAAGGCGGAGCGGUGGUUAGGUCGUCUCAAGGAGGAGGCGGUCCGGGAGCAGGAGACGCACAAGGCUAAGGCUGGCGAUGUGCGCGCAAUGCUGACGCUCUUUUCCCAUUUCAAGGCGACGGCGAGCUCCAUCGGAGUCUGCUAA